CACGACAGACCGGCCGAGUGGUCCGUCAGGAAUCUGCCCGUGGCACAGCAGACUCGCGGCGUGGAGUGGACUCCCGCCCCCGUCGCCGCCGCGCCUCCGCCGUCGCCGCCACCACUCCCAACACUGGGACGGUCUCCCAUCCGCACUCAAAGCCGGCUCCACCCGCCGUCGCGUCGCGUCCAAGGGCAGCUCCACUUCGCGGCGGUGCUGUGCUGGCUGGUGGAUCUCUCGGUCGCAGCCACGAGCAUGGCGCUCGGCGCCCGCCUCCUCCUGGGCCUCGCGCUGCUCACCGCCCUAAUCGCCGUCCUCCUCCAGCUCUACCGCCUCAGGAAGCCGAGGUUGUGGACGCUGGAUGAGUUGUCGAUAUACAAUGGAACGGAUGAGGGGUUGCCCAUAUUGCUUGGUAUUUUGGGCUCCGUGUUUGACGUCACAAAAGGAAGGUCACAUUAUGGCCCUGGAGGAGGCUAUCAUCACUUUUCUGGCAGGGACGCAUCGCGAGCUUUUGUUUCUGGAAAUUUUACAGGUGAUGGGCUGACAGAUUCUUUACACGGUUUAUCUAGUAUGGAGGUAAAUAGCAUUGUUGACUGGAGGAAAUUUUACGUUGAGAGAUACAUAUUUGCUGGUAAAAUUGUUGGACGCUACUACGAUAGCGAGGGCAAUCCUACAAAAUAUCUGAAGGGUGUAGAGAUGAAGGCAAAAAGAGGUGCUCAACUUCUUGAGAAGCAGAAGAGGGAGGAAGAUAAAAUACCAAGCUGUAAUUCAAAAUGGAGCCAGGCAGAGGGUGGAGAAGUUUGGUGCGAGACAGGGUACCCGAGGUUAGUGAGGAGGCCAGGCGACAUAGCUCUGACGGGGCAGGUGAGCCAGCGGUGCGCCUGUUUCCGGGAGGAGGAGCUCGGGAGGCCGGGGCUAGUGGUGUACCAAGGCUGUGAUCACCAGUCCACAUCCUGCAUAGUCAAGUAGUAGGAGUAGGAUCUACGCUUCUCUUUCUUUCUUUCUUUCUUUCUUUCUUUCUCCAUGCAGUUCUUUUUUGCCUCUGGCCUUUUACUCAUUGUAAUACGGUAGCACAGUAAGCGGAUCCAAAGGCACCACCCACGCAUCAUGAUGAUCUCUCUCUC